AUGGCUCAACCUCCCUGGACCAUGCCAACGGGCACCACCCACCAGCCGCAGUUGAAGAUCUACAACUCGUUGACCCGGUCGAAAGUCCCCUUUGUCCCUAUACAGCAAGGCCACAUCUCGUGGUAUGCCUGCGGCCCCACGGUCUACGACGACGCCCACCUGGGCCAUGCGCGCAACUAUGUGACGACGGACAUCAUUCGACGCAUUCUGCGCGACUACUUUGGCUUCAAAAUUCGCCUUGUGAUGAACACGACCGACAUUGAUGAUAAGAUCAUUUUAAGAGCGAGGCAACGGCAUCUAUAUGAUGAAUACAAGAAGAACCACCGGUACAUCGACGACCAAGUCCGUCAAGACGCCCGGCAGGCCUGGCUCUACUACAUCCAAAAGAACCUGAAACGCAUCGGACCCAAGGAUUCAGCGACGCCCGAGACGUUUGACGGAUUCGUCGAGCACAUAUAUGGAGACAUCCUCGCGGGGGGCAGCCUGGAGCCUGGCACGAAGCCUGGUGACAAGGAGGCCAAGAUCAAGAUGCACAUCAACACCGCUCGCAACGCGGCAAAGGCCCUGAUGCAAGAUCCCAAACUCCUGACCCCGCACGAGUUCUACAACCGCGUGAGCGAUCCCAUGUGCCUGGUUCUGGACGAGCAGUUUGGGAAAACGAUCCGCGGGGACGACUACGCCGUAUUCACGAAACUGACAAAGGAAUACGAAGCCCGGUUUUUCCAGGACAUGCACGACCUCAACGUCAUGGAUCCGGAUGACCUGGUCCGAGUCACCGAGCACGGCAAGGAGAUUGCAGAGUUUGUCAAGAAGAUCGUGGACAACAAGAUGGGGUACCGGACGUCAGAAGGUUCGGUGUAUUUCGACAUCAAAGCGUUCGAGGCCGCCGGAUACCCUUAUGCGCGGUUAGAGCCCUGGAACAAAAACGACAAAGAACUGCAGGCCGACGGCGAAGGUGCCCUGUCACAAAAGGACGCCUCAGCCAAGAGGUCGGACGCCGACUUUGCCCUGUGGAAAGCGUCCAAGCCCGGCGAGCCCAGCUGGGACAGCGAAUGGGGCCCUGGUCGGCCGGGGUGGCACAUUGAAUGCUCAGCCAUGGCGUCUGGGAAGCUCGGUCAACAGAUGGACAUCCACUCUGGCGGGAUCGACCUGGCUUUUCCUCACCACGACAACGAGCUCGCCCAGAGCGAGGCGUUCUGGGCGAAUCAUGGUCAAUGGGUGAAUUACUUCCUCCACAUGGGUCACCUGUCCAUUCAAGGAUCAAAGAUGUCCAAGUCCCUGAAAAACUUUACUACCAUCCGAGAAGCCCUCCAUGUGAGAAAGGACUGGACGUCCAGGAGUUUGCGGAUUGUUUUCCUGCUCGGAAACUGGAAGGACGGGAUAGAGAUCACGGACGACAUGGUCACCGAAGGCAGAAACUGGGAAGACCGUGUGGACAACUUCUUUCUCAAUGCCGUUGAUGCCAUGAAGAACACAAAACCCUCCGAUGAGCAGCGAGCCAGUCUAGAAGACGCCGUACUAGAUGCCGAAGAGAAGGUUCGAAAUGCGUUACUCGACUCCUUCAACACACCCGUCGCCAUGAACACCAUCUCACAGCUAAUCAACACAUACAAUAACAGCGCCAAAAAUUCCGAAUUGACCGCAGCCGAUCAUCGCAGGGUCGGCCUUUUCGUUACACGCCUAGUCAACGUCUUCGGCUUGAAUGGCUCUGAACCAGCAGACACCAAUCUGGUUGGCUGGAAAGGCAUAGAGAUCCCCGACGCCGCAAAAGAGUUUGUGUAUCCGCUGGCCAGAAUACGUGACGAACUGCGGCAAGCCGCCAUUGCCAAAUCCAUCACAGCCGAGAAAGUCCAGGAAAUCGUUUCUACCACACCGACAGGGCUUGAAGAUACCCCUCCCCUCGGGAGACCGCGACCUUCGUAUGCCCGUGCUCUGAGCGAAUUCAGUAGGGACGCCCUCCAAACAGCUUCCACGCCCACUGGCACACAACCCCCGCUUGAUAUCAACAAACAGAUCCUCGCGCUCUGCGACCGGGUCCGAGAUGUCGAUCUCUGGCAACUCGACAUAUUCCUUGAAGAUCGAGAAAACGCUCCUGCGCUGGUCCGACCCGUCACCGAAGGCCUCAAGGCUGCGCGGCGCGAAAAGGAAGACAAGGCCCGCCAAAAGGAGGAGGCGAGGAGACAGCGCGAGAGGGAAGCGCAGGAGAAGCUCCAGAAGGCUAAGAUCAGUCCGACCGAGAUGUUCAAACCGCCGCAUUCGGUGGAGUAUUCGUCAUGGGACGGGGAUGGUGUGCCGACGACGGCCAAGGACGGAACGCCUCUGACGGCAAGCCGGGUGAAGAGGCUGAAGAAGGAAUGGGAAGCACAGAGGAAGGUGCACGAGAAGUACCUGGCCACGAUUGCGUUGCCGAACGGUUCGGGACCGUCAUCUGCUGCUCGCUAG